CGGCGGUCCCCCAAUAUCAAUCAUCGGCGAUGGACGCCCACGGCGGCGACUCAGCGGCGGGCAUCCGGGUCGGCGGAGGGUCGGCGUGGGAUGUUUGGGAGCUCGGUAACUGGCCGUCUUCGUCUCACGUCAUCUCUUCCACUUCCUACGCUCCCCCUCCUCCCUCUUCCUUCAAUCACCACCAUCGCGGCCACCACCACCACCACCACCACCACCAUCUCCCGCCGACGAUCGCCGGGAGCAGCAGCAGCAGCUGGGUCCCGAAUUUCGACUACCAGCACCGCCACCACCUCACUUGCCUCAAGCUCGGCAAGCGGCACCUCCACGGCAGCGAGGAGACCGGCUCCGCCGCCGCAAAGCGGUCGGCGUCGGCGGCGCCGAGGUGUCAGGUGGACGGGUGCGGCAAGGCGCUAGUGGAGGAGAAGGAGUACCACAAGCGGCACAAGGUGUGCGAGCCGCACUCCAAGGCGGUCAAGGUCGUCGUCCUCGGCCUCGACCAGCGCUUCUGCCAGCAAUGUAGCAGGUUUCACGCGAUAGCAGAGUUCGACGAAGCCAAGAGGAGCUGCCGCCGCCGGCUGGCGGGGCACAACGAGAGGCGGAGAAAGGGCAACAACGCGGCGGAGUCCGUCGCCAGAGCCCCUGCUUUAGAAAGAGCAAUGACCAGAGGCAUGAUCCCCUACUUAUCAGCUUCACCGGGUUGUGCUCUCUCUCUUCUGUCAUCCAAGGCUUCUCCUUGGAUUUGCUCUUCCUCAGAGUUCUCCUCCAGAUCGAGUGCCGCCCUCAAUGAGCUCAUUGCUGAGAACCGGGCAGCCGUUCUUGCUCGGCAACUAUUCUUGGAUCACAAGGAAUGCCACCACUCUAGCUCUUCCCUGUGGCUUCACCAACAGCAGCAAGUAAUACAAGAAGCAGCACUACCAUGUUUUCCAGGUGGCUGCAGUCGCUUGCCAGAGAUCGCCAGGAGUCACUUGACACUCGACCUGAUGCAGAUGCCUAGCUCUUUUGAGGUUUCUGAGAGGAGCAAGUCUAAGGGUGAGGAAGAAGAGUGCUCGGAGAUUUGGAAGUCUUUAGCAGGAAGCAAUGUGGUAUGAUCAUGUCCGGAAUCCUUUUGAACCAAUGCACUAUUGGUCUUAGAUUCGAUUCACUUUUAGGCUAUACUUUUCUGAUUGCCCGACUGGUGAGACAUAAUUGGUGGAUGAUCAUUUUUGCAAAAGUUGUCAAAGUCUUCUUAACUAGACUAUUCGUUGAUCAGUAACCUCUCAAA